AUGAAUGGAGAGAGCCGUUGGAUCGGAUCGGAUCGACGGACUGAAUCCAGUCGGCCUAGAGAUGGCGCUUCGUACGGGAGCUGGUCCGGCGACGACCGUGAGAUUUCGCGCCGUCGUUCGUCGCCUGUCGCAGAGUCGCAGCCGCUCCAAUCAAAGGCGGCGGUCGUCGCAGAAGCAGUCGCAGAGCCAGUCACGUACGAGCCGCAGCUGGGCGACCGCGUGAUCGGCGUCGUAACGGGCGUGGCGGGCGACGGCGGGUUGGACAUCGACAUCGGCGCGCGGCUGCUGGCGCGCGUGCCUGCGCGCGACGCCGUGGCGCUGUGCGCGCUAACGGCGGCCGGGGGAAGCGGAGGCGGAGGCGGAGGCGGAGGAGGGGGAGGGGGAGGGGAAGGGGGAACGGUUGUGGAGAGAGGCGGUUCAGAGGACUACGAUUGGCUGGUGCGUGGAGGGCUCUUGCGCGGGGCGCUGGGGGAAGCAGGGGGCGCUCUGGAGGGGGAUUGGGGGAGGGUUGGCGCAGAAGGGGGAGAGGAAGGCGGGUGGGAGGAGGGAGCGGUGGUGGAGGGGGUGGUGGUGGGGGAGACGGUGACGGGGCGGCCAUUGGUGUCAGUGCGCGUGCGAGCCAUGGACAUUGCUUGGGAGCGAUGCCGCCAGGUGGGAGAGAUGAUACCAGGUGGGGGGUGCGAGGUAGGGGGUGCGAGCUACACGGGGCGGCCGUUGGUGUCGGUGCGCGUGCGAGCCAUGGACGUAGCAUGGGAGCGAUGCCGCCAGAUGAGGCGAGAGGGCGAGCCCAUCCGCGUCACCAUCGCCGCCUGCAACGCCGGCGGCCUUGAGGCGCGCCUUGAGGGUCUGAGGGCGUUCUUACCGCUGCCCUAUCUGCUCAACAACCCAGACGGCACCCGCCCUGACCUGCACUACCUCGUGGGGCGGCGCCUGUGGGUGAUGCUGGAGGAGGUGGAGCAACGGGCAAGCCGCCUCAUUCUCAGUGAAGUGGCCGCCAUGGAGUACGAGGUGGCGCGCUCACUGCAGCGGGGGCGGGUGGUGCAGGGCAAGGUGUGUCGCAUCACCCCACACGGCGUCAUGGUGCUCAUCGACCACAUUGCCAAGCGUGCACUACUGCACGUGUCCAACAUCUCGCGCGUGCGGGUGCCGGCAGCAGAAGACGUGUUCAGCCUGGGCGAGCCCCUCACGGCCCUCGUCAUUCGCAAUGACACCAGAGGUGUCGCCCUCAGGCAUUCCACUCUCUCGCUCGCUCAUAUCUCGGCCCUCUUUGCUGCUCCCCUGUGCUCCCCUCUCUCCUCUCUCCCCCCUUUCUCCUCUCUCCUCCACUCACCUCCCCUCUCCUCCCCUCUCCUCCCCUCUCCUCCCCUCUCCUCCCCUCUCCUCCCCUCUCCUCCCCCUCCUCCUCCAUUCUCCUCCACUCUCUCCUCCCUCCCCAUGCCUCAUCUCUCUCCCAUCCCUCCCCUACCUCCCAUCUCCCUUCUCUCCCCUCCCUCCCAUCUCCCGCCUCGCUCCCCUCUCUCCCACUGA